GAUCCGACGCACCAACUCCCUCCCUGGUCGCCUGAAUGAGCAGCAGAUCCGCGCACCGGGCGCCAUGCUGCCCUCGCAGAUCUCUGCCCAGGCCAUCGCAACCGCCACAGGCACAGCAAAGCCGGAAGAUCCCUUUGCAGACGACCUCUCGCGUGUCAGCGCCAUCUUGUUGCUACUCGUUAGCACGGGUCUGGUCGCUGUCUGUGCCGAAUUCAUGGUGGACUCGAUCAACGGGCUGGUGGCGACAAGCUCCAUCAGCGAGCUCUUCAUCGGGCUGAUCAUCCUGCCGAUCGUGGGCAACGCGGCCGAGCACGUCACGGCCAUUACAGUUGCCAUGAAGAACAAGAUGGACCUGGCUAUUGGUGUGGCCGUCGGAAGCUCCAUCCAGAUCGCCCUGUUCAUGACGCCGCUGGUGGUGAUUAUCGGCUGGUGCAUGGGCAGGGAGAUGACCCUGUUCUUUACGCUGUUCGAGACGGUGUGCCUGUUCGUGUCGGCCUUUAUCGCCAACUUCCUCGUCCUCGACGGUCGCAGUAAUUACCUAGAGGGCGCACUCUUGUGUGCCACUUAUGUAAUUAUCGGACUGGUCGCCUUCUUCUACCCUAGAGAGGCGCAAACAAGCAUCUGGGGCUAAGUCCAUUGGUGGCUUUUGUUCUAGUUGAAAGAGGAGGAGGAGGAGGAGCAAGUGCGAAGACAUGUAACGGGAGACUGUCAUGAAGACAGCAAUGUGCGCGCGAGCACUGGAAUUCUUUUUCUUAUGCACCACCCUCUUGGGAAGAGGGAAAUUGAUGAUGAUGACGACGAUGACGAGGAGGUCUGGGAGAUUUGUCUGUGGGAGGUUGGUGAGCGAGUUCCAGGAAUGAUGUGAAGAGGGUUCUUGGUUCUUCGCAUGGAUACGCUGCUUGCGCGCGUGCGCGUGAUCUACAGAUUGUAUUCUCUACUUCUUUCAUGACUGUUUUGUUCUUGUUUUCAUUCGAGGAUCUGAACAGAUGCCCAACUCAUCUGGGAUGGGGGAAUGUGGUUUUGGGUCAGAUUAUAUCUAAAGGCGCACCUGGUCAAAGGCCUCACAGAUUGACAGCAUGCAUAGAUGGCCGAGGGCGCUCCUUUUUACUCUCAAGGAAUCACCUAACUAAAGUCACUCGUUAUUUGUUUU